CGCCGGAGAGGAGUUGUGCGCUCUGGCUGGCGCUCGCUCGCUCGCUCAUUGCUGGCUGUGCGUUCCGCGAGCCGCGCAGGUGCCGCUGCACGUCGGGGAGAGGCAGGAUGGCGAGGGCGGCGGGGAGGCAGCCAGGAGGAGGGCUGCGGAGGGCAUGAGAAGGAAGCGGAGACGAGGGGGAGGCAGCGCGCCUUGUGCACUCGCCCCGGGCUGGCUGGGCUGGGCAGAUGAGAAGGUCCCCGGCAGGGCAGGGCGCUUUGCAGCUAGGAUGAUGCUCCUGGUCGGCGGGCGGUAGUACUAUGAUUUGGUAUGUGGCCACUUUGAUAGCAAGUGUGAUCAGCACCAGAGGACUGGCAGCAGCUCAAGGUGCCCACGGCUUAAGGGAGGAACCCGAGUUUGUGACAGCUCGUGCUGGUGAGAGUGUGAUCCUGGGAUGCGACGUAAUCCACCCACUGACCGGCCAGCCCCCUCCUUAUGUGGUGGAGUGGUUCAAGUUUGGAGUGCCUAUCCCCAUCUUCAUCAAGUUUGGGUUCUACCCUCCCCAUGUGGACCCAGAAUAUGCCGGCCGUGCCAACCUUCAUGACAAGGCAUCUCUGCGCAUUGAGCAGGUUCGCUCCGAGGACCAAGGCUGGUACGAGUGCAAGGUGCUCAUGCUGGAUCAGCAGUACGACACGUUCCACAACGGCAGCUGGGUGCACCUCACCGUCAAUGCUCCCCCCACCUUCACAGAAACUCCCCCCCAAUACGUAGAGGCGAAGGAAGGCGGCAGCAUUACACUCACCUGCAUGGCUUUCGGGAACCCUAAGCCAACCGUCACCUGGCUGAAAGAGGGGGAUCUCUUAGGUGCCAACAAUAAAUAUCAGGUUAGUGAUGGGAGUCUGACUGUUGUUUCCGUUAGUCGGGAUGACCGGGGCGCUUACACCUGCCGGGCUUAUAGCAUCCAGGGAGAGGCUGUGCACACUACCCGCUUGCUUGUCCAAGGACCCCCUUUCAUCGUUUCCCCUCCAGAGAACAUCACGGUUAACAUCUCCCAGGAUGCAAUGUUCACCUGCCAGGCUGAGGCAUAUCCAGGCAACCUGACCUACACUUGGCACUGGGAAGACGAGAACGUCUACUUUAAGAACGACCUAAAGCUGAGGGUUCGGAUCCUGAUUGAUGGGACGCUGAUCAUCUUCCGAGUCAAGCCUGAAGACGCUGGAAAAUACACCUGCAUUCCAAGCAACAGCCUGGGGCGCUCGCCAUCAGCCUCUGCCUACCUGACUGUGCAGUAUCCUGCCCGUGUGGUCAACAUGCCACCCGUCAUAUACGUUCCUGUGGGGAUACAUGGAUACAUUCGCUGUCCAGUUGAGGCGGAACCUCCAGUUACCCUGGUCAAGUGGAACAAAGAUGGACGCCCUCUGCACAUUGAAAAGUUUUCUGGCUGGAGUCUGAUGGAAGAUGGCUCAAUUCGAAUAGAAGAGGCAACGGAAGAAGCUCUUGGCACAUACACCUGCGUGCCUUAUAAUGCCCUGGGUACAAUGGGCCAGUCCCCCCCUGCCCGACUCGUACUGAAGGACCCGCCCUAUUUUACGGUGCUACCAGGCUGGGAGUACAGACAAGAGGCAGGGAGGGAGCUGUUGAUACCCUGUGCUGCUGCAGGAGACCCCUUUCCUGCCAUCGCCUGGAGAAAGGUAGGGAAGCCCAGUAGAAGCAAGCACAACACCCUUCCAAGUGGCAGCCUCCAGUUCCGAUCUCUCAGUAAGGAUGACCACGGAGAGUGGGAAUGUGUCGCUACCAACAUAGUCACAAGCAUAACUGCUAGCACUCAUCUGACCGUCAUCGGCACAAGCCCCCAUGCCCCAGGCAACGUGCGCAUCGCUGUUUCCAUGACCUCUGCCAAUGUUUCCUGGGAGCCUGGCUAUGAUGGUGGAUAUGAACAGACAUUCUCAGUUUGGUACGGCCCUCUGAUGAAGCGGGCACAAUUUGGACCUCAUGACUGGCUCUCUUUCCCAGUGCCAACUGGGCCCAGUUGGUUCCUCAUGGAUAAUCUAGAACCGGAGACUGCCUACCAGUUCAGUGUCUUGGCCCAAAACAAGCUAGGCACAAGCUCCUUCAGUGAGGUGGUCACUGUGAAUACUUUAGCAUUCCCUGUCACAACUCCAGAACCCCUGGUGCUGGUUACUCCACCAAGGUGCCUAACAGCCAAUCGGACGCAGCAAGGAGUCCUUUUGUCAUGGCUUCCCCCAGCCAAUCAUAGCUUUCCGAUUGACCGUUAUAUUAUGGAGUUUCGGGUUGGAGAAAGAUGGGAGAUUUUAGAUGAUGCCAUCUUGGGGAGUGACAGUGACUUCUUUGCAAAGGAUUUGACUCAGGACACAUGGUAUGAGUUCAGAGUUCUGGCUGUCAUGCAAGACCUCAUCAGUGAACCCAGCAACAUUGCCGGCGUAUCCAGCACAGACAUAUUUCCACAGCCAGAGCUGACUGAUGAAGGCUUGGCCCGGCCUGUGCUGGCUGGAAUAGUUGCCACCAUUUGCUUCCUCGCGGCUGCCAUCCUAUUCAGCACUCUAGCUGCCUGCUUCGUCAACAAGCAGCGCAAACGGAAACUUAAGCGCAAAAAAGACCCUCCUCUCUCAAUAACCCAUUGCAGGAAGAGUUUAGAGUCUCCGUUGUCCUCUGGAAAAGUGAGCCCCGAGAGCAUCCGGACGCUCCGUCCCCCCUCCGAAUCUUCCGAUGACCAGGGCCCACCUGGCAAGCGGAUGCUUAGCCCCAGCAAGGAGAAGGAGCUCUCCCUUUACAAGAAGACCAAGCGAGCCAUCAGCAGCAAAAAGUACAGUGUUUCCAAGGCUGAGGCAGAAGCUGAGGCGACCACCCCCAUCGAACUCAUCAGCCGCGGGCCAGACGGCCGUUUUGUCAUGGAUCCUUCGGAGAUGGAGCCCUCCCUCAAGACCCGCAGAAUAGAGGGCUUCCCCUUUGUGGAGGAGACGGACAUGUACCCGGAGUUCCGCCAGUCCGAUGAAGAGAAUGACGACCCUGUGAUGCCUGCCUCUGUGACAGCCCUCAAGUCCCAGCUGACGCCUCUCUCCUCCAGCCAGGAGUCUUACCUUCAGCCACCAGCAUACAGCCCAAGGUUUCACCGGGGUCUGGAGGGGACGGGCACCAUGGAGAGCCGCCUCCAAGCCACUGGCCAGGCCAGGCCUCCUGCCCCCAGGCCAUUCCACCACGGCCCGUAUUACGGUUACCUCAGCAGCAGCAGCCCCGGCGAGAUGGACCCUCCGCCUUUCUACAUGCCGGAGGUCAGCCCCCUCAGUUCUGUCAUGUCCUCCCCUCCUCUGCACCCAGAGGGGCCUUUUGGUCAUGCCACCAUCCCUGAGGAGAAUGGAGAGAACGCCUCCAACAGCACGCUGCCCCUGACCCAGACUCCGACGGGGGGCCGGUCCCCUGAGCCAUGGGGCAGGGCCGAGUUCCCUUUCAGCGGCCUGGAAUCGUCGCCCAUCAUGUUCCCCCACCAGCUCCACCAGUGCGAAAUGGCCGAGAGCCUGCAGCCAAAGGCCAGUCUUCCUAGGGGACCACCACCUUCCUCGCUCCAGGUCCCCACAUCCUACCCUGGCAUCCUGGCCCUGGAGGCACCAAAGAGCUGGACUGGCAAGUCGCCAAGCAGAAGCCAACCUUCCAUGCCCACCACCGCCAAAUGGCAGGACAAAUCUAUGCAACCAAUGGCGAGUCAAGGGCAGCUAAGACACACCAGUCAAGGCAUGGGCAUACCUGUGUUGCCUUACCAUGGGCCGUCCGAGUCAGUCAGCCACAGCGGCACAAGCACAUUUGGCCUGGACACCAGGUGGUACGACCCCCAACCCAGACCUCGGCCCAGCCCCCGGCAAGCCAGGAGGGCUGAGCCCAGUUUACAUCAGGUGGUGCUACAACCUUCGAGGCUUUCCCCCCUGACCCAGAGCCCCCUCAGCUCCCGCACCAGCUCCCCAGAGCUGACAGCGCGGGCCAGGCCACGGCCGGGCCUCAUCCACCAGGCGGAGAUGUCUGAGAUCACUCUGCAGCCUCCGGCGGCCGUCAGCUUCUCCCGCAAGUCCACCCCGUCAACAGGAUCCCCUGCUCAGAGCAGCCGGGGAGGAAGCCCCAGCUUCCGGCCAGCCAUGGCUUUCACUUCUCUAGCCACCGGCUAUCCCCCCCCUCAGUGCCCUUCCCUGCCCGUGGAGCCCAUAGACGUCUUCGGACAAAUCCCCUCUCCAAGGAGGGGAGGGGAGGACAUUCUUAGGCCGGAGCCGACACCGACAACCAGUUCGGGAAAACGUCCAUCUCCAACCCGGAACGCUGCUGCACCUGAGAGGCUCGAAGCUCUGAAAUACCAGCGGAUAAAGAAGCCCAAAAAGUCAUCCAAGGGCUCCUCGAAAUCCAAAAAACAAAUCAAUGGUUCUGCCUCCCAGGUUCAGCAACACCCUAACUCUCAGGUACUGUGGCCUGACGAAGCUGUCUGUCUCCGGAAGAAGAAGAGACAUCCUCGCCAGGACCCCUUUGCCCGCCUCUCAGCACUGAAGGAUGACCUCUGCCACCGGCAGGUUCCUGAGGACCAGACAGCCAUUCUCAACAGUGUGGACCAUGAUGAUUCCAGUGGGCAUGCAACCUUACUUUAAAGUAGCACCAGCCAGAGAAGGGACAAGGGGGAAGCUGGGUGUGUAUGUGUGGAGGGGUGGGGCAGGAUAAGGGUGCAAAUCUCUUGGGAUCAGGCAGAAUCCACAGAGAAACAGCGGGGAGAGAAGAAGCUGAAGCACAGGUGUGUGUGUGCACGCGUGUGUGUUUGUGGCUCAUCCAUACUGGAGGGUGUGGGCUUCAGUCUUGUUUUUGGGUACCAACAUGGGGGGCAGGAAGUGCCUAACAAAGCAAUUAAUAACUUACAUAUGGUGCGCAAUACCCUUGUGUGGUAUUUGAUAGGAGUAAACCCAACAUGAAGCCUUUGACCAUUGCAGGGUGGGGGGACCAUUUGCAUCUCCCUGUAGCAUUUUCAGUUGCAAUGCAAUCUGUUAGGAUAGGCAAUAUCCAAAAUGAGAGAGGAAGGGAGGUGGGCGGGCAUGGGAGAAACAUCCCUGCUUAAGCAAAUCAGCUUUGUUUGGAUCUCCUGCAGAGGAUCAGGCAAAGGAAGAGCUCAGUGCAUGGAGUUCUGUAGGAGAGGGAAAUGGAGCUUCGAAGUAACCACCCUUUGUAAAAAAUAUUCACCAUAAUAAUCUGGUGAGCCUCAAACCUUCUUCUCUGUGCUGUGGCUUCCGUCUUAUGUGUCCUGGAAGGAGGAUGAGAUUUUACAACUUGGUUUCCAAAAUUAUAUAUAUACAGUGGGGGUUGUUUUUCUAAAAGAAAAAAAAAAGUAUAGAUACAGGAUACAAUGUAUAUUUAUACAGUGUGUGUUUCAAUUUAGGUAGAAAACACUGGGGGGGGGGGAGAGAACAAGCUUUCCUAAUUUAGGGAGUGGGUUGGGAGUGAUAUAAGAAUUACCACAGGAUUAUCAUGGGAUGCAGUUAAGAAACCAAGAUUUCAAGCUGAGGUUUAUGACCCGAUGGAUUUUAUUAAUGUGGUGCAAAAAUUGUAAUGGAAAAAUUACCAGCACACAAACACACACACACAAACACGCAAAAUCUGCUUGUUUCAACUGUCACACCUUUUUGAUGUCUGAAUAUUCUGAGUGAAAGUACAAAUUACAGUUUACUUUCUUAUCUGUCAAAUGAAGACCUAGAAUUAGAGUAUGUAUUGUGUUUUGCACAGUUGAAUCAAUGUACACGAGAACCUUCUUAAUUUCCACUAAAAAGGCUGGAAGGUACCUAUUUUUCCCCCAGACUAGAAAAGAAGGUGGCAGCUUGUUGAAAAAUUCUGGCUUUUGCAUUCAUCUCCCUGAUCAUAGAUUGUUGCAAAUGGUAGGUUUAGAAUGACUAAUUUAAAAGUGCAGAUCCUGAUAAUGCUAGUAUCUGUUCAGUAGUAUACUAUGAAGAAAAAGAGUCUUCGUACAGCAAAACCUUACUAUAUCAGUGCCUCCAUUCACAUAAUGUCUGCUGAAGUGAGGAAAAGCUGUUUUAACUCUGUGUGAGAGCAUUACUAGGUGAGGUUCUCUGUGAUUUCUUAUGCUUCCAGUCCUUUCCCAGACAGUAAAUCAGGUGUGGUGUUCCAAUGCAGCAGAAUGCGGUGGCAUAGUCCUGAGGUGGUGGAAUCCACAACACCACUCAUGACAAUAGGUUGUGGGUUCACAGCUAGGGGUGUCAGAGAAUUCAGAUAAAAAUGGAAAUGGGAUAGGCAGUUGCUGAUAUUCGCUUAUUCAUUCAAUGUCUAGAACCAGAAUCAGUCCACUGAAAGUGAUUGGUAUUUGCUGCUGCUGCUUUCUGUUCACAUACAACAUGUAAUUGAUUGCAUCCCCUCCCUUUCCAUUGGCAUUGUGUUUCCAUUCAUUGAAAUGAUUGGGGUGGAAUAACCUAAUGGCAACGCAACUUGCAUAAUUAAGUUACAUGAUUUCAGCACCGUGGACAGCAGGGUGAAUAGUGUAGCUUUGGUGGAAGUCAAACUACAGUGGAAUGAAAACUUAGUUGCACGUUAUGAAAAAGAUGCCCUGUUCACAACCUACAAAAUUAGCUGCAAAUACAAAAUGAGCUCAGUGCUACUUUUAUUUUUACAGCCACUUGUAAAAACUGAAUGAACACAGGGGCAUUCAGAAUAGGUAUCCCUUUAUGUCCGUAGCUCAGUGGCAGAACAUCUACUUUGCAAUGAGCAGCUCCUAGGUUGAACUGUCCAUGGCAUCUCCAUGGAGGCCACUGUCAGUUAGCAUAGACAAUAUGAAGCAAGAUGGACCAGGGGUCUGACUCACUAUAAGGCAGCUUCCUCUAUUCCUGUGAAGUGAUAAGUCCAUUCCGCCAUCUCAGGACAGUUCUCUCUCACUCUUCUGCAGGAAUAGGCCAUGCCUCCAUGUCAGCAAGUGCCAACAGCAUUAAUCAUAGGAAGGAGUUUUGGAAUGUGACUUCUUAUCUUGUUUUGCUGAGUGCAGAACGUGUUUCAAGUAGCAACUAGUGAAACCAAAUUCCACAGGCCUCUCCAGCAUUGUUUGUUCAUAUGCACCUUGGCAUCUGGCUUCACUUAUACGAUUUCCUUCUUUGUUUGAUUCUUAAGGGUGUGUCCCAUCAUGCCAUAUUUCAUUUUGCUUGUUAACACUCUAGAAUAAAUAAUCCCACCCACUCAUGCAGGUCUAUAUGCACUUUCUCCUCCUAGUAUAGUGGGAAUGGGUUAUUUAUUUUACUUCUAACAGUACAAAUGCACACAUACGCUGGCCAUACCCAGGUGAAUCAGUCUCCCUGGGAAGAGAAAGGUGUGUUGUUUAUGGGGUGGGGAGUGGGGAAUGGGACGGGACACUGGGGUGGUGUUGUGAAAUAGUGGGGCUCUAGGAAUGUGCAAUAGCCAAGUUUUGAUGGUGCUAUAUACCAAGCCUGAACAACUUAUGGCCUGCCAACCGAAACUCAGACCCUCAGCUAUCUACAGUAGCCUGCUGAGUACCAGUAUGGUGGUAUGGUUAGGGUGGCGUACUACAACCCAAAUUAAAAUGGGGGGACAGAUGAAUCUGUCUUUCACUUCUGUGUGUCUUUACCCAUUUUUUCUGUUCUGUUUCUGUAUUAACAAGUCAGAGGAGUGUGAAAUUGGGUGGAUUGCAAAGUUCUGAUCACAUCAACCUAAGAGGUGUGGAUGAAAGGUUGAACUCUUCAGUGAUGCUCAAGGUAUAUCCCUACUCAGUCACUGGUGGCCUUGGGCCCCAGUCAUAUGCUCCCAGCCUAGCCUGCCUCACAGGGUUGUUAUGAGGAUAAAAACAGAUGGUGCUGGGAUAUAUAUGAAGAAA